AUCUUUGUUGUGAAGGAGCGUGAAAUGGAGAUUGGGUACCCGACGGAUGUUAAGCAUGUGGCGCACAUUGGGUGGGAUGGUCCCUCUGGAAAUGCACCCACCUGGAUGAAUGAGUUCAAGACAGGCCCUGAUUUUGCAGCCAUGUCAAUUGGCAACUCUGGUUCUGCUCUUUCUCCUUGGUCAUCUCAAGAUUUUGGUGAAUCCAUGCGGCAGCAAUCUGAAUCUGAUAUGUUUAAAGACACACCCUCAGCAGAACUUCCAAGCAUCAAGAAAAAGGAGAAACGGAAGAAGUCUAAGUCGACUAACUCCCAAAAGUCAAUUUCUUCUUCAUCAUCAAUGUCAUCAAGAGGGCCAAAGUCAAAAUCCAAAUUCAUUGAAGGCAAUGCAAAUCCUACAAACAUUAGAGUGGUGUAACUGUAGAAAGCGCAAGGCAAAAUUUUCCGUGCUGAUCAAAGUUCUUGAAAGUAUUCACAUUGUCCUAUCCAGAAGCCACAAAGGAAUCAGAGGAUGUUGUAGAAAAUAUGAAUUGGUUUACGAUGAUCUUCAUAUGCUUUUAAGGUGAAACACAAAGGGGGCGACAGAUCCAACAUACUAGAGUUCAAAUGUGUAGUGAUGUGAGAAACUGAAUCUUUUUUUUCCUGUACCCCUAUCUUUAAUUAGUUUUCUCCCCUUGCUUGGAAUUUAGAGGAGGAAGGCCCUGUAAAGAGUUAAUCUUGUUAGUUUUGCUGAUGAAGAAUUGUGGGGAUCACAAGCUAUUGGAUUUGCACAGGUUGUAUGUAGGAACACCUGUACUUAGUACUGGUUUGUUUGAGGUUUUUGUUUU